AAGCUGGCCCACUCAGGUCACAGAAAAGUAGAAAACACACGAAUAUCGAAAAAGUAUCCUAUAUUCUCUCCAUCACCGGGAUCUGUGUCUGUAUUUUUUUUUUUUCCCGACAAAGAAAAAAAUUAUGCCAAGAGGAAAGAUUCAAGUCCUACUUGUUAGUGCUAAAGGCCUCCAUGACACCGAUUUUUUAAAUAAAAUGGACCCUUAUGUGACACUCACUUGUCGAACUCAGGAGCAAAAGAGCAACGUUGCAUCAGGACAAGGAUCGUCACCAGAAUGGAACGAGACGUUUGAGUUUUCUGUGACUGGUGAAGUGGAAGAACUCGUGAUCCGCAUAAAGGAUAGUGACGUUGGUUCUGAGGACGACGUUGUGGGAGAGGCGAAAAUUCCACUAGAGCCAUUGUUCUUGGCAGGAAGCAUCCCACCAACACCUUACAAUGUGGUGAUAAAUGAUGAAUUCUGUGGGGAAGUUAAAGUUGGCUUGGAUUUCAUUCCAGAGGAGACACACGAACAUGGACAUGGAUAUGGACACGAACAUGGUCAUGGGCAUCAUGAAGAAGCUAGAAACUUCGGAGGAUGGAAAGAAUCAUCAUACUAAAUUAAUGGAUCGUAAACUCUUCAAGUUGAUGUUUCAUUGAUUUAAAAGUUUAUUUCACCGUUGUUGAUGUUCUCAUCUUGUUUCUUGAUAACCCGUUCUUAUGGGUAUAACAUGAGGCUAUGCAGUCCGAGUGUUGAUGCUGGAAUUUUUUGCAUUUGGUUUCUGUUUGGUUUGUUGGUUUUGUGAGUAUUUUGUAUCGGAAACUCUUCAAGUACUUCAAAUUGAAUGAAUGCGUUUGUGUUGAA